CUUACGCACACACACACACACGCGCGCGCACUGAGGGUGACUUGUAUAGGCAGCCAGCAGGAGAGGGAGAGAGAGAGAGAGAGAGAGAGAGAGAGAGGGAGAGAAGGGGGAGCGCUCAGAAACAGAAAGGUAUACAGAGAAGAGAGUGGACGACAGAGAGUAAGAGAAGGAGAAAGAGGACGGUGGCUCCAGAGCAUCUCCUGCGCACCUAUCCAUUCCAACACGGAUCUUAAGUCUUUAUUUUCCUCGUGCUUUUUAAGAGGCUUUCUAGUUUCCUUUUUUGGUAGUUGACAGAGACGCGAUUCCUGGAAGAGUUUUCGUUCAUUUUUUCCCCCUACACCAAAUAUUUCCAUCCAGAAGGUUUAAAAAGUAAAGCCCUUGUUAGUUCCAGGGCUCGGCUUCACUCUUUUCCAGCGUGUCCCAGCGUUUGACAUAAACGUGUCACCUUGUGAUUUUUGCUUAACGUGAAGUUUCUGACUUCUGUUUUUUAACUUCAUUUUAAGUCAGUGACCCACAAACGAGACUAAAAAUGAAAUUUCAAACACCAGGACAAUCCCCAGCCAGCUGUUAUUCCUGUCUUAAACGUUUAAAUCAUUGAAACCGAGUGAGUUUUGAUGAUUUACUGAAGCUGAUAUUGAAGACACGGGGAGUGUGGCAGCAGAGCUCACCUGUAGCAUCUCUUCCACUCAGUCGACAUUAAUUUGCACUUUUGAGGCAGACACGCCACUUUGUGACAGUUUUAAGAAAGAGAAAGACACUGUCUGAAAGGAAACCCCCGCUCUCUACAUAGUUCAUUCAUUCUCAGACCACAGCCGCUUCUUGUCACUUGAAGAGCGCAUUGAGGCAAAUAUACAGUUUCACAAGUUUUUGAAACUCGUCCUGCGUUCCUGAGAGACCGUCGCCCUCUCCAUCACCAUGCUGUUCGACAGUUUCGACCUCGUCUCCGCUCUUGCCACCCUGGCCGCCUGCCUGGUGUCAAUGGCCCUGCUCCUCGCCGUCUCCCAGCAGCUGUGGCAGCUCAGAUGGACCGCGACGCGGGAUAAAAACUGCAAGCUGCCCAUGCCCAAAGGAUCCAUGGGCUUCCCUUUCAUCGGCGAGACCUGCCACUGGCUCCUGCAGGGUUCAGGCUUCCAUGCAUCGCGGAGACAGAAGUACGGCAACGUCUUCAAGACCCAUCUUCUCGGUCGUCCUCUGAUCCGGGUGACUGGUGCUGAGAAUGUUCGCAAGGUGCUGAUGGGUGAGCACACACUGGUGACGGUGGACUGGCCUCAGAGCACCUCCACCCUGCUGGGACCGAAUUCACUGGCCAACAGCAUUGGAGACAUCCACCGCAAAAGGAGGAAGGUGUUUGCCAAAGUGUUCAGCCAUGAGGCGUUGGAGUCCUACCUCCCCAAAAUCCAGCAGGUCAUCCAGGAAAGCCUUCGAGUGUGGAGCUCCAAUCCUGAGCCCAUCAACGUCUACAGGGAAAGCCAGAGAUUGUCGUUCACCAUGGCCGUCAGGGUGCUGCUGGGCUUCAGGGUGUCGGAGGAGGAAAUGAGGCAUCUGUUCUCAACCUUCCAGGACUUUGUUAACAAUCUUUUCAGUUUGCCCAUAGACCUGCCGUUCAGUGGCUACAGAAAGGGAAUCCGUGCACGAGACACCCUCCAGAAAAGCAUAGAGAAAGCCAUCAGGGAGAAGCCGCUGUGUUCCCAGGGCAAGGACUACAGUGACGCAUUGGAUGUCCUGAUGGAGAGCGCCAAAGAGAACGGCACCGAGCUCACCAUGCAGGAACUGAAGGAAUCAACCAUAGAGCUGAUCUUUGCUGCCUUUGCCACCACGGCCAGUGCAAGCACCUCCCUCAUCAUGCAGCUCCUCCGCCACCCUGCCAUUCUGGAGCGCCUGAGGGAGGAGCUGAGAGCCAGGGGCCUCCUGCACAAUGGUUGCCUCUGCCCUGAAGGAGAGCUAAGGCUGGACACCAUCGUGAGCCUGAAGUACCUGGACUGUGUGAUCAAGGAGGUCCUGAGACUCUUUACGCCCGUUUCAGGGGCCUACAGGACUGCCAUGCAGACUUUUGAACUUGAUGGAGUACAGAUUCCAAAGGGCUGGAGUGUGAUGUACAGCAUUCGGGACACUCACGACACUGCCGCUGUCUUCAAGGAUGUGGAGGCCUUCGACCCGGACCGCUUCAGUCAGGAACGAGGUGAAGACAAAGAGGGACGCUUCCACUACUUGCCCUUUGGUGGAGGUGUCAGGUCCUGUCUGGGAAAGCAGCUUGCUACUCUCUUCCUACGCAUCCUGGCUAUUGAGCUGGCAAGCACGAGCCGCUUCGAGCUUGCCACUCGGCAGUUCCCUCGUGUGGUCACGGUACCUGUGGUCCACCCGGUCGAUGGGCUGAAAGUUAAAUUCUACGGCCUAGACUCCAACCAGAACGAGAUCAUGGCAAAGUCAGAAGAGCUGCUGGGAGCAACUGUUUGAACGGUGGAGGGUUGAUAAGUUGGGUGGGGGGCAGGUUGAAUGGUUGAAGUGAGAAAAAAGGAAGGAAAGAAGGAUUUUCAGAGUUAUCUUUUCUUCUCAGCAUUUGUUCUGCCAAGUUGGAGGUUCCUUUUCAGACUAAAAGAAAAGCAGAAGUCUUCGUCUCUUGUUACAGCUGUUGAUGAUCGGGACUUUCCUAAAAGAAAAGGAGAAGCUGCCAAAAAAAAUCCUAAUUAUGCUCUAUUCUGUGUACUUUUUUUUUUUUUUUAAGAAAUAUACAAACAAAACAUAUGUACAAAAGCUAUGUAAUAUAAUUUGAAAGAGAAUAUGGAUAGUGCACAAAGGAAGAAAGAGACGUGUGGUGGUACUUUUGAUGAAUUGUAGGAAAGUAAAAGUAGGAUGGUUGUGGAAAGGAGACGAGCUGGAUGAAACAGGGUAUGGGAUGAAAGAAAGCAGGAUUUUGCUUGUGCUUAAUCAAAAUCAAUGAACCAAUGCAGUUGUUUAGCAGGGUAAAACAGAUGGCUCUAUGAACUGAUGGUUCCAGAUUUUAUGCUGAUUCAUAAACUUAAUGGCGCCACCCAAAAUCAACUUUUGGCUUUUGUUUGACAAAGAUUUUAAGUGGCAGAAAUCAGUGGUGGCUCUUGUCACUUUUUUAACAUUAGAGGUCCAUGAAGAUUCAAAAAGUUUACCAGCAUACAGUUGUGGGAAAAGGGAUCACAGUACAUUGGGUGGCAGAGUGUGGUAGAGAUAGACUUACCAUAUUGGAUCUACACCAUUUCCUCAGGCUGAAUAAUGAUGCAACAAAUACAAAUUACACUGCACUGCAAAUUGGGGUCAGGCAUCAAUGCAGAAGAUGAAUGAAAGGGCUUUAGUUAGAAAUGAGGGAUAUAGUUCUGAUGGAUAAGAUAUAUACUGGCUAGAUAUUUCAGAAGACAGGACCAGUGACAUUUUGAAGCAAUGUAAAAAGGCAACUUGUUUGUCUGCCUCCAUACUUUUUUUUGUCCACUCAUGCAUCAUGUGCAAAAAGUUUCUCAAAGUGCUCACAUUUCAAAGAAGCAUUUUGGGGGGUCCAGACUACGCACCCUAAAAAUGGGAACUGAGGAAGUCAAAGAAACUCAAGAAAGUCUUGUCUUGAUGCUAGACUCCCUUGACAACUAAUUCUCUGUUUUCUGCAACCCACAGUUUGCUUGUACGCAUUAACUCAAAAUGUUGCCCAUAUAUAGCAUACCUCGCUACUCCUGAUGGUGAGCAAACUCAGGUGCAGAAGAGAUAUUGUGGUAGAUAAUGCAUUAGCCUUGCAUUUUGAUAGUUACCUGUACAUAGAAGCCCUAUCCAAUAACUGUUGUAAUUCCAGAGCUGGACUGAUUACUUUUAGAAACACUUUCUGACCACAUAAACAAAAAGCUGUGGUUGUUUAACCUUCUGCAACCAUUUUCUACCACCAAAAGGAAGCAAUUGUGGCGCCUGAGGCAGAAAACAACCACGAGAAAAGCAACUGAAUCCAAGUCACAAGUAAUAAGGUCCAGGACUGCUCUGUAACUUCUUUGAACCUAUGCUUUCAUUCAUAAACUACGCUUCUGAGUUUGGUGACUUUAAUAAAGUGGUGCAACUUUUUGGGCUGAAUACAGAGAAACGAAUAUAAGUUAGAGGUGGAAAGACCUACACACAUGCUGCUUGAGCGUUGCUUUGUCAGUCUGUUUUUUUUUUCUUUGUUUUUCCCUCUCGUCUCCAUGAGGCAGCCAUUUUGGUCUCUUCAUAGAAGGGCGAUAUUCUGUCUUGCUGCUCUAAUCAACACUAAGAAUGCACAAGUAAAUGAAUAAACACAAAAUCAUCCCAUAGUUUGAGCAACUUUAUUAGUGGAAGGAAGUUUAUUGCUUGAGGAGAUUGCACAAUCAGAACUCUUCACAUCAGAGCUUGUAUGUUCCACGAUUAGGGUGGGUUCCAAGGAACUUUGAUCGAGGAACAUUAGAAUAUUACACAACCCUCAGACUGAGCUCUAAGUUCUGAACUGAAGCCUGAGAGGGAAGGACCAAAUAGGUUUCAGGGCAGCACAGGGUUGCACCCAGAAGGCCUUUGUUACUGGGGGAUCCUGUCAUCUAAUAGCAAUCCAGAUGGAUUCUGUCUGUGCCAGGGCGCUGUUGAACUCUUUCUUUCUACCAACCACACCACUGAUUUCUUCAUUAUAAAAUAUAUAAGAAAAUACAUUUUGCUGCUUUUCUUGUGUACAUUUUCUAUUUGAGAGUUUAGAGUCUAGAGUCUAGUCUAGAUUGCAACAGAUUGUACUGAGUGAGAUUUGCUACUUCUUUCCCAUAUAUAUAUAUACACACACUACCAGUCAAAAGCUUGGACACACCUUCUCAUGAAAUCGAAUGAGAAGGUGUGUCCACACUUUUGACUGGUACAGUAUAUAAUUUAGCUGAUUAAAAUGUUUGCAUUUUGUGGAAACAAAAAGAGCAUUAAUAGGUUAUAGUGUAUAUUAAUUUGUACAAUAUUCAUUCCUUUAGCAAGCCAUGGGGAAAAUCAGCUAUUUACAUCUACUAAUAACCUAAUAUUAAUGUUAUUGUACAAUUAAUAUUGUUGUUAUAAGGUAUUUGAAAUGCUAUUUUUAUUCUUUUACAGAGUUAGAGUUUUUAGCCUAAAUGAGAAGGUUUUUGGUAAAUAUUGGAUGUAUUUAGAAUGUUAUGUAUUUCAAUUAUAUUGUAAACAGUGUUUAAAAUGUUAAUAUUGUUGUUUGAUUACUGUAAUAAUUAUUAUUUGUUUUGUUAUUCAGACUUAUUAUUACUGCAUUUUAUUUGAUAUUAAUUAUGGAAAACAGAAAGCACUUGCGAGGUAUGUUUAUUUUUUAAGUGCCAUGCGACUACAUUACCCCUUCCUCUCACCUGUUGGUUUCUGUACCUGUCCUGUCAUUCUGUACAUAUAUUUGUAUUUCUUUUUACAGGAAAAAAAAUGUUCAUUUAGUUUGUAUGAAUGUCUUGUGCUACUUUCCUCCUUCCUUCUUUUGUUACGUGAUUGUUAAAUGUACUCCUGUAAUAAACUAUAAAGUGAAAACAA